UAUACGAUGAUCAUAAGCAGAGUUGUAAUGGGUCUAACAGAAGUAAAACGAACGCAAAGAAAAUGAGUGUGGCAGAGACUUCAACUGGCAUGGACAUGCCUGUCCUUCCCAGCCAGCCCGCGAGUGCCGGGCCGUCGAACGACAAGUCCCAGGAGUCGGACGCCGAGAAGAAGACGAGUCCUCCAAAAUCAACGAGCCAGAGUCCGCGACGGAUUUCCGCGAAGAAGAGAUCGGCGAGCGAGACGGAGGCCGGGAGCAACGACGCAGAUGCGGAGGCGUCCGAUUCCUCAGAGCCGCCCGCGAAAGCGAAGAAAGAGGAAGAGCAGGGCAAGGACGAAGGUACGGAGCUUCUCAUCAAGGAGCUUGACAUGGAGGGGGACGACGAGGACAACCGCGCAUCGGAUCCCGAGGGGAAGGCCGAGGAGAAGCUGAGGGAGGAGAAGCGGACGAAGAAGAAGAAAGAGGAGGAGAAGGAGCGGCAAAAGCUACAGGUUCUUGUGUCAUCCUUCACGGGGGAGCAGCUGAAUCGUUAUGAGAUGUAUCGGCGAGCGGCCUUCCCCCGAGCGGCCGUGAGACGGAUCAUGCAGUCACUUACAGGAGGCACCAUCGGUCAGAACGUCGUCAUAGCGAUGGCCGGAAUCGCCAAGGUCUUUGUCGGCGAAGUCGUGGAAGAGGCCCUCGACGUGACGGAGCAGUGGGGAGAGUCGGGCCCGCUGCAGCCGAAGCACAUACGCGAGGCGACGCGGAGGCUGCGCCAGAAGGGACUCAUACCGAACACCAAGUACAAGAAGCAGCUGUUCUUCCGAUAGCAAGCGUGGAGGAGG